AUUUGGUGUAUAAAUACGUAGAGGAUACCUUAAAUUGGCAUGAAACGACGUAGUGUUACGUUUACGGAUAGUCCACCCGAAGUUAUCGAUAACAGUAACGAUUACUACAACGUCUGUGCUCCUUUGCUAACCGACAACACUUUCCUUUGGCUACAGCUGACAAAAGUUGAGGCAAGACGACGGUGUGCUUUAGAGACCCGACGCCAGUGGCAGCAGCAUCAUUAUUCUCGUUCUGUACCUGAUCUCAACAAGCAACAUCAUUAUUUAUCGGUAGAAUUAAAAUCCGUCAAAUCCCAUUUUAAUAAUAAUAGGGAAAAAAAUAUGUUCCACCAAAAACAGAAGAUGGAUCAAGUUCAUCUGUCAGUUCCAGAUCUUGGCAUGCCUGUGCGAACACGACCUUCAUUAAGAGUAGCAAUUGAAUCGAUGCGUAAUGUUACAAAAACAGAUACUUCUUGGUAUCUGCAUGACUUAUGCAGGAAAGGAUGUGGGAAAAAGUUGAUACAUCGUCAUUAUGAAUCUUUAUCUGAUUAUUUUCGCGGUAGACGUCGAGGUAUGAUCGUUACUGUUGACGCUGCUGCAGAAUCGCCUGUUAAGAAUACUAUUGACAUAGCUGCGGAAUCAUCUGUUAAGGACGAUGUUGGUCAUGGUGUUGAUAGUAGCAAUGAUAAUGAUGAUUGUACAGAUAGUAAUGGUGAUAGCGUUAGCAGCAAAGCGAUAAUUCGGCGGUAUAGAAGUUCCGUUAAUGAUGGCAUCGACUGUAACAAAUAUAAUAUCUGUGCUGAUGCUUCUAAUUUGGUAGUACAUCAUAGCUACACUGGUGAUAAUAGAAAUGAUAGUAACAAUUACGUUGGUGGUGCUGACAAUGAUAUAGCAAAUGUCAUCAAGAACAGUGGUACAGUUAAUGAAUCUAAUAAUGAUUGUGGAAAACUGGCCAAGCGAUUACAUUAUUAUCAUCAGUUGAAUGAUUAUAAAAAAUCUGAUUCUGUCGCAAAAAUCGACGGGAACUGGUUUUGGGGAAAUGUUGGCGAUGGUAGUGGCAUUAGACGUCGAUGUUAUUCAUUGUUAAACAAACCGUUACAACAGAAAAAUUGUCAUCGACGGCAUCGCUCAAGUGACACUAGAAAUAUGUCCUUUGUCUUCACUUCUACAGCCAGCAAUAACAGUAGUAUGAGAAAUAUUAUUAGUAACCAUCAAUGGUAUUAUUACCCUUCCAUGAUGUAUUCAAAAACACAGAAACAACUGGUGGAUGAAAUGGCAAAACAUAUUGCGGAAUGUUUAGAGCAGUUCAAUACGGGUUUGGAUAAAGUUUUACAAGCACGUCAACUACUGGAAACUUCCCAAGAAUUGCCGGCGGGUGAUCGCGAGACCAUGCUACGCUUACUGAAUCAAGCAAUGCGAACAAGUCUUAAACGUAUGGAAUACAACGACGAUCGUCAUGAUCCAGAUGGACGACACAGCGAAAGCCCAAAUAGUCUUCCCGGUCAACGACAAUGUGCGCCAGUUCAGCAGUUCUGUGAUGCCAAUAAUGGUAAUGCUAAUCUCCAUAAUAUCACCAGUAGCAUGGAUCCAGCAGAAUUUUUCCAGCAGCAUGGACAACAGCUUCUUGCUUUGCUGCAACAAAACAUGGCAAAGCAGAAUUAAAUGAAUAGGAACAAAGCAGUGAUCACGCACGAAUAUUUCUGGGAAGACUUCGUUUCUGUAAUUUACUAAAAUUUUUUAAAGACGUAUUGCUCUUUAGAAUGUCGAACUUUCUAAAAGGGCUGUAGGUCUGGAUGCUAAAAUUGUAUUUAUUCUUAAUCAGAGCACUGAUAUCUUGAUAUCAUCGUUGCUCUUAUACUGAAUUACAGUUUAUUGAUUUCCUGGUUUAGUGAAUGUCGA